UAAUAAUAACACAACAUCAACAACAACAACAACAACAACAACAACAAUUUUCAUUAGCAAAUAGCUACAGUUUGUUUAUCUAUUCGAAUGUUCUUGUAUUAAUAUUUUGAUUAUUAAUUAACUGCCUUUUUUUCGUGUGUUGUGUGUGUUGUGUGUAUGUUCGAAGAAGAAGAAUAUUACGACGAGAUUGCUCAGUUGUAUUAUUGUGUUUGGAAACAAAAAGUAAAAUAAAAAUUUCAUUUAUUCUCGUAUAUAUCAUGUGUGUCUAUGUGUGUGUUUGUGUUCGACAUAUUCAUUCAUUCAGUUAUCAGUUCGCAUAUGAAUAUUGAUAUAUAUUUUCAUUUAUCGUUUGAAAAUUUGAUCACACAAAGACAAAUCUGAUAUUGAAGAAUUGGUUUUUUUACGAAUUUUUUUUUUAAAAAAUUUCAAUGAACUUCAACAACAACAACAACAAUGAUGAAUCCAUUAUUAUAUGCAUCAGCAGCACAACAAUUAUCGGAAACAGUACGACAACAAAUGGAAAUAAUGCAACAAAUUAAUAUACAAAAAAAUCAUCAUCAUCAUCAUACGAAUAAUUUUUUGAAUGGAAUUCCACAACAACAACAACAACGUAUAAGCCAUAAAAAUGGUUUAUUCAUCGAUCCAUUUAUUACGGCUGGACAUAAUGCAUAUUCAACAUUAGUGCCAUCACAGCCACAGCCACCACCACCACAAUCUUAUAAUCAUCAUCAUCAUCCAAUGUUAAUGAAAUCAUCCAUUACGAAUCAACAUCAAUUGAAUGCAUCAUUAACAAAAUUAACGGAAUUAGAAAAUGAAAUUAGAAAUAGUAUUGAAUUGGAAAAAAAUAAUGACACUAAAGCUCAUGCUAAUGUUGACGAUGAAAAUAAUGAUGAUGAUGAUGCUGAUGAUAUUAAACAAAUGUCCGAUCAGAAUACAGAUAUGGAUUCCGAUAUCGAUAUAAUCGAUGAAGAGGACGACGACGAUGAUGAUGAUGAUGAUGAUGACGAUAUAAGUGAUGAACAUAAUGAUAGUAGUAGUGGAUCGACAAAAAAAUCCAAAACGGAUGGCAAAAAAUCUACAAAAAAAUCAUCUACAGUAAAGCCACCAUUUUCUUAUAUUGCACUAAUAACAAUGGCGAUAUUACAAUCACCUGGUAAAAAAUUGACCCUAAGUGGUAUAUGUGAAUUCAUUAGGAAUCGUUUUCCAUAUUAUAAAGAAAAAUAUCCAAUGUGGCAAAAUAGUAUACGUCAUAAUCUUUCAUUAAAUGAUUGUUUUGUUAAAAUUCCACGUGAACCUGGUAAUCCUGGUAAAGGAAAUUAUUGGACAUUGGAUCCAGCAUCUGAAGAUAUGUUUGAAAAUGGAAGUUUUUUACGACGUCGUAAACGUUUUAAACGACAACAUUUAGAUCUAUUACAAGCAUAUGCUGCCUGUCCAAUUGCGGCAUUUGGUCCAGCGGCUGCAGCAGCAGCAGCAGCAGCCGCUGCAAGUGUUGUACAUGAUACAUAUAGACAACAAGCAAUAGCUGCGGCAGCUGCAGCCAUAUUAAAUGGAACAACAUCAACAACGGCUAGAAAUGGCAAUUCACAUCAUCACCAUCAUCCUAUAUUGAAUCCAUAUCAUACAAUAUUAAAUCAUAUGACGCCUACUACAUUCCAAGCGGCAAAUCGAACAGCAUCGAUUGAUUCAUUGGAUCCAAUGUCUACAUAUAAUAUGGCUAGAACAACCACCAAUAUGCCACCAUUAUCAUCAUCAUCAUCAUCAUCAUCUUCAGCAAAUAUUUCAAGUACAAAUGAUAAUUAUAUUCUAAGUCAAAUUUCUAAUAUUCCUAUCGCCUGUCCAUCAUCAUCAGCAUCAUCAUCAUCGCCAUCAUCUCAAUCAUCAUCAUUAAACAAUGGCUCAAAUCAUCAUAAUCAUUUAAACAAUCAUCAAAGUCCAAGUCCAUCCGGUACAUUAACACCAGUUUCAUUGAUCGGUUCAUCAUGUUCACCCGGUUUAAAUAAUGGUAUAAAUAACGAUCCAUCAUCAAUGAUAUCGAUUAAUAAUAAAGAAAAAAAUCAUCGUACAAAAUUCACCAUCAAUGAUAUAAUUGGUAGUGAUGGAUCGAAUGAAAGUCAAGAAUCAAAUAGUGUUAAAAGGCCACGAAUUGAGCAACAGCAACCGAAUAAUGAUCAUAUAAAAUCAUCUGAUCAAGAAUCGGCAGGAAACAUGUUAAGUCGUAUGGCAUCUAGACAUUAUCAAUAAUAAUCAUUCAAUCAAUAAUCAUCCAUUAUAUAAUCACAAAGUGCCAAUUUUUUUUUAUUUAAAAAAAAUCAUCAUCAUCAUCAUUUACACACACACACGAAUUUUGAAAUAACAAUUGAUUGCCGUGAUUAACGGUAGAUCACAGUGUAUCACAAACACAGAAACAUGCUUAUUAUUUGUAAUUUAUAAUAAUAAUAUAAUAUACUACUCCAAAUAAAUUAAUCCAUUCAAAACUAAAUAAUAAAUCCUUUUUUUUCUCUCUCGUAAAAAAAACCUGUUUUGUUGGCCAAGUGGCUUACUUUAUUUUUUGUUGAUUUCAAGUGGUAUCCAUUUGGUGUUGAAAAAAUAAAAUGACUAAAAACUAAAAAUUUAAAAUCAUACGACAGCCAAAUGGCUAAUUUGAUGUCAAAUUACUACAAUGAAAUACAUAAUGAUCCAAUGACAAUGUCAAUAACAACAUUUGAUGUGGACAGAUGCUCAACCAUUAAUAUUUUGUUUGUAAAUGUUUGCAUCGGAUUAUACAAUUGUGGACAAACCAAAAAAAUUUUUAACAAGCGUAACUUAUAAACGAACACGGUUUUUUUGUUUUGUUUGGCCGCAUCAUUCAAAUAUUGAACAUCUGUUCAUAUUUAAGAAUGUUCACAUUCAAAUCUUGAUGAUGUAAUAAUGAAUUUUUGAACAAAUGUCGUAAUCUACACUUGACACUGAUAUAUUUAAACAAUGUAGAAAAUAGCAAAAAAAAAAAUCGAGUAAAGGUGACCCAUACAUGACAUGUAUUGCAAGUCGAUUUUUCAAUUCAACAAUCAUUCAAAAUGAUGACAACAAAAAAAAACUUUAUUUCU